AUGGAGCACCAUCCGUCUCGAGAUCACUUCAUUCCCGUUGAUCCUGGUGGAGGAAUCGAAAUCCUAGACGAUCCCUAUUUCGAGGACGAUUACAGAGAUUCCGCCGUCUACGAGGAGCGAAGGCCACAAGCCCAGCAUCGCAUGUCAGCUUUGUCUAUUCACGACGAUCAAGAAUUCGAAGAAGUUCGGCCUCGUAAAGAGCGUGUCAAAGCCAUGGUUGACCGCAAGGUGUCGCCAGAUUAUCUAUACUAUCGGUUAACUAAGAAUGGCGAUGAUUGGAGUCGUGCAUUCAAGGAUGAAAUUUCAGCACCAAUUGAACAGAUUGAGAAAAAGGCGCGUGAGAAGAGAGGGAGUGAUGGCACUGUCCUCGAGCAAAUGAGCCGGAUGUCGCAUAUGCGGCGCGGCCAAAUUGAAAAUAUACUCGAAAGGGCCAAUGAUAUGGAGACUGGUAGUGCUCGAUGGGAAGUAGCUUACAUCAAGGCGAAGAAACUUCUCAGCGGGAAAAAGACGAAGGCCGUCGUUGUACCUGAGAUGGAGAUUAUUCUUGCUCGAACUAAAAAACCAAUAAAACCACGUCAAAAGUCCAACACUGCCGAAUUUGUGGACCUCCGAGAAACUUAUGAGAUCCGACCUAAGAAAGAAAAGCGAUAUACCCAAGACAACUAUUCGCAUGGUCGAAAAGACUCGGGAUUAGCCAUGUUAUCUGAUCCCAUUACCAACCUACCACUUUUUGAUAGGGACGGGAGACCAAUAGAUGAAAAUGGCCCGGUCCAAUUCACGGGCCUUCCACCGCAAAUUCCAAGAGACAAACCACUUGGCGCGAAACUCGACGAGCCCAAAGAGAAAGAUAAGAAUAAAGACAAGGACGACAAGAAAGGUGGGAAACGCGAUAAGAGUCAGAAACGAAGUAAAUCGAGAGAAAAGUUCCAUGAUCAUGAAAAUGGCCAUGAUCCUGACGUUGUGGUGGUUCCGGAAGGUGAAUUUGAUGGGGACGCUCCUCCUAUCGAGGGUAUGUUUGGAGAGGUCAAAGAUGAUAAGCGUGGUCGUCGGGGAAAGUCGCCCCAUGGUCACCACGACCAACAUGAUGAUCAUUACCAGCAUCCCGAAGUGGUGGGCGAUCCAAGAAGGUCACAUUCGCGUCGGCGCCAAGGCGGCCACGAGGGUGAGUAUCGAGAAAAGUCUACACAUCGUCGAGAGAAGUCUCGACACCGAGGUGAUUCGGUGCACUUUCCAAACAGGCAUACCCAGCAAUACUUCGAUGGUAGCAGUGUUUCUUCUGGAGGGAGUGAUGCGAGCCAUUAUGGUUAUGAGUAUGAUGCCACGAGCUCAAACACUUCAAUUGGUACUCAUGGUAUUCCUAGACGCGGAAGUUUGGUCCGCCGUGAAGCACGUCCGGAUGUCGUUUACAAGGAGCAUCGCCGAGGACCAUCCGGUCCGGUCCGACAUUCAUCAUACUCUUCUGAACCGCCACGAUACUAUAGUGACCCCCCGAUCCCACGGUACCACGAAGAAGCACAUUAUGUCAAGCCAGGACGAACGCCAAGAGACACAUUUGUUGUCUAUCCACGACCAGCUGAAGGGAGACACGAACGUCCAAUUUUCGUGAGGCAAUCAACUAUGCCGAUCCGUAUCCCUGAGGAUCGACAAUUGAUCUACGAUGCACCAGUGCCGUAUCAGUCAGCACGAGACCUCGUUCCCGUCCAGCACCACUACAAUGAACAACCGCCAUUGGCCCGACGAAAUUCAGAACUCCCACCUGUACUUCUUUAUCCCAAUGAAGACCGAGACGUCCAUCAUCCAAACGUUCUUGAGCAUCAGAGUGGCAAUAUUGAGAGUUAUCAACGAGAACGUAUCAGGGAGGAGUAUCUCAGCAACAAGGAGCGCGAGAUGGACGAACGCGAACGUGAAUUGAGCAUCCGAGAGGAGGUCGCCAGGCGUAUGCGCAGAGAUAGUCGGGAUGAUGACAGAGAUUUCAACGUCAGAGACAAGAGGAGAGCGUCGAGGAUCGCUGUCGAUCGUUAUGGGCAGGAAUACUUCAUCGACUAG